AAAUUGCAGAAGAAGCAGCAGCAGCAGGAGCGGGUGAGGACAACCAAGUCGAAGAAGAAAAAGGAGGACCGCAAAACAUUGCUUUUAAUUUAAGUCACAAGUUGUCAUGCGUAUAGCCUACUUAGUAUGAUAGGAGGGAAGUUCCCUUAUAACAGUGCCACACUGUUACUAUCUGUGUCCCACACUCUCCACGACACCUCUGCCAUUUUAUUAAUGCUAUUUGCGCAUUAAACUGUAACUAAACAGUUAGAGAAGUCAACUAUAGUGGCGCGACUUUGUUAAAAAUGGAUAUAUCCGAGUCGUUAAUGAAUCCGUAUGGGACUCUUUCCUAGAUUUAUAGUUCAAAUGAGUCGACAGCAACACAGUAUCGGCGGCAAUAAAUGUCAGAUGUUUUUCUAGGACGAGUAAGAAAACGCCAUGGCAGACAGAAGGACUUUCAACGUUGUGAUUUUGGGUGUGGGAUUUUUGUUCAUUUUUACUGCCUUCACCACCUGUGGGAACAUUGAACAAACAGUGGUGAAAAGCCUGCAGAAUGACACUUUCACUGGGAGUGGGUACCACAGUCUUGGAAUCAUCUAUGGGGUCUUUUCGUUCUCCAAUUUACUUUCACCAACAGUUGUUGCAGUAAUUGGACCAAAAAUUACUAUGUUUUUGAGUGGCCUACUUUACAGUGGGUACAUUGCUGUGUUCAUCAUCCCUUCAACAUGGUCCUUUUACUUGACCUCUGUACUGAUCGGCAUAGGAGCAGCCAUGCUCUGGACAGCUCAAGGGUACUUUCUGGUGGAAAACUCAGAGGCUUCCACCAUCAACAGGAACACAGGGAUGUUCUGGGCUCUCUUACAGUGCAGCAUGCUGUUUGGCAAUCUUUACAUUUAUUUUGAAUGGAAUGGAAGAACAGAAAUACCAGACAGCAGCAGGAAAAGCAUUUUUCUGUCCCUGCUGGUCGCCUCCGUACUCGGUACACUCAGCUUCCUGGUGUUGAGAAAGAGCCAUCAUGAACAGGAGAUGCUCUCUGAAGAGGAAGGGCAAUCACUGCUCUCAACUCGCAUGAUGUAUAAGCACAGAGCAAACACUGCCAUGCAGGAUGCCAAGUCAGAAUUCAAAACCAUCCUACAACUUCUGAAGGCUAAAUCUAUACUGCUCCUGAGUCCCUGCAUGGCAUACAGCGGCCUGGAGCUAUCUUUCUACAGUGGAGUGUAUGGGACGUGUAUUGGAGCAACUACACAAUUUGGAGAAGCAGCUAAAGGCUUGAUUGGGAUCUCUGGGAUUGUGGUAGGCAUUGGAGAAAUUGUGGGUGGAGGCUUGUUUGGAUUGUUGUGUAAGAAUAAUCGUUUCAGACGGACCUCUGUGGUGUUUCUGGGAAUGGUUGUCCAUUUCGUUGCUUUCUAUUUGAUCUUCCUCAACAUCCCAGAUGAUGCCUCUGUCGUCUUUAAUACCACUACCCAAAAGAAGCCAUAUCUAACUCCAAGUGUAUCAAUUGCCCUGCUGUGCAGCUUCUUGCUUGGACUUGGGGACAGUUGUUUCAACACACAGCUCUACAGCAUAUUAGGCCGUAUUUAUGCUGAACAAAGCACGCCUGCUUUUGCCAUCUUCAAAUUCAUCCAGUCUGUUUUUGCAGCAGUGGCGUUCUUCUACAGCGGUUACCUCCUGUUGAUGUGGCAGCUCCUGCUGAUGGUCAUCCUGGGCUUCACUGGAACACUCUGCUUCUUCGUCGUGGAGAGGAUGCAGAACUUCUCUGUAGAUUUGCAGGAAUAUUAGAAGGAAGACAUUUUCUGUAUCAGCAAUGAUUGUUUUGUGGGGCAAUCCGGUAUCUUUCAUUUCAUGAGGGGUUAUUUUAAAAUUUCUUUUUAGUAUAAUGCACUGAAGGUCACAUUUGGAUAACAUUUACACUCAAAAUUGUUGACACAACUGAAACCAAGUUGCCUUAAGAAAACUUUUGAAUAGCAUUACAUGGUUAUUAAUCAGCCUGGAUUGUAGGCUACCUUGCACAUCUUCUGUUCUAAUUACCAGACAAUACACAGUAUCAUCGUUAAUCAUUAACAUUAUUUUUCUACUGCAUCAUUGCACUGUUGGUCUUACUGUAGGAUUUAAAAAAUAACCACUCACCUUAUCUCAUACUUAUCUGCAUUGCUUCCAGCUCAGGUUUGUUAUUAAAGACAAAAGUCACAUUGCUGAAAAUAUUUUAUGCAUCUGUGUUACUUUAUAACUUUUAAAGCUGUUUAUAGUUUGUCAGAAUGAUUGACAGUUUGAUACAAUUAGAUGAGAGAAAAGAAUGCAAUAUUGUUCCUGUCAUGUUUCAGAAAAAUGUUAACUAAUUAAUGCCUGACAAUCAUUGUUCUUAACUUGUUUUGUGUGAAUAUUUGAUGAAUAAAGUUCUUUGCAUUUUCA